UGUGUUAAAAAAAUAAGUCGCGCCGCGUUUUUUUUCAGUACUGUUUCUUUUACUAAAAAAUAAAUAUAAUUUGUGAUAUUUACUAAAAUUUGCUUACAUUUUAUUGAAUGGAUUGUAAGAAAGCCAAAUGAAGUUAGAUAUAUUGAAUAGACAAAAAGAAAAUGUUCAUGGUGAAAUGGAUUUUAUCAGUCGGAUAUUUAAACUAAUCAGAGGCAACACCGAACCGAAUUCAUUAAAACGAAGGUCAGAAGAGAAACCUGAUUAUUCCCAGUUGACAAAAUAUCGCAGAGUAACUAACGAAUUUCCAAAAAUUAUUGAGAGACCAUUUGAAGAUGACAUCCAAACUGUGAAUGCACCUCCUAACGUGAGUGUUCCUCUUAUGUCACAACAGAAACGUAAAUUAAAUGAGCGAUCAUCUAUAUUAUUCCCAAUGAGCAAAAGUAAUAAUUUUGCAGAAUUAGAAUAUUCUGACGAUGAAGAUGAAAUUUUACAGCCGCGUCGACCAUUAAAUAAAAAUUCCUUUGAUUCAGGUGGGUUAUUACAACGAGGUCCUGAAGUAGUUGAUAUUUCAAAAUAUAAUUUGGAACCGGCUUCAAAAUUCAAUGAGAUUAGUUCUCAAUAUAAGGCAAAUCAAAAAACUCUUGGUCCAUUUACUCAAAACAUUCCUGUUCGUGUUGAAGCAGUUGCUAGGUCACAAGUCCCGCCACUAAUAGAACCUCGAACGGGAAAUAUUAUUACUUCAUUACCAUUAAAUGUUCCUGAUUUAAAACCAAUCCGUAAAUCAUUUUUUUCGAAUAUUAUAAAUACGCUAGGUAAUAGUGUUAGCAAUAAUACACCAACUACAAGUAAUUUAUUGAAUGGAAAUGCGAUAGUAGUAAAUAAUGUAAUUUCUCAAGCGCAAAAUCAACAAACCAAUUUAUCAAGGAGUACUUCAAUAAAUUGCAUGAACGGAAGUUUAGGCUUAGUUCCUAAAAUACCUGCUUUUAGGAAACAAGACGCCAAAAAUGUUGCUCACAGUUCAUAUAUGAUUAAUACGCCAAAUACAGUAGUAAAUCAGGUUUAUAAUAUUCAGGAAAAGGAAUCAUAUGAAGAGCUCCUAAAAAAAUUGGUACCAUCGUUAUAUAAUUCCGAUAAACGUUGGUGCUUAAAUCCAGAAAAUAAUUCAUUAACAAUAGCUGAAAAUAAGAAAGUUCGAAAGGGAAUUAGAGGGAGGAAGCCAAUUCACGAUUUUAAUCAUCCAAUUGUCGAUCGCAUUGAUCUCACUAGUAAAGGUGUAAAACAACCAGCUUCAUCCAAAUUAAUCAUGCCUGUUAUUAAUUUGGACGAGGAUGAUGACAAUAAUGAUAAGGGAGUCAUAGAUUUGGAUGCAGAGGAAACUACAAUACUAUCACAAUAUCGGAAAUUGGGAACUCAUACUAAAUUUGAUGAACCAAAUAAAAAAAAUGUCAAAGAUAAAAAAGAUGAAUUACCUUAUGUCGAACCAGUUAAUACUCUUAAAGAAAAGAACGAGUUAAGUCCAGUACUACAACCUCAAUGGCUGACACAGUUCCAAGAAAAAUUCGCUUUAAAACAAAAGCUUAGACAACAGCAAAUUUCUGAAGCAACUGAAGACACUACUUCCAUCCAAUUGAAUAGAGCUAGGAAAUCAAGCGAAGAGACUGAACGUGCCCAACGUCUUGUUAAUGAAAAAUUUAAAAAUUUCCAUAUAACAGCGGAUAUCAUAAUCAUAGACGAAGAAGAGGAAGAAGAGGAGGUGGAAUUCCCAGAGUUUUCUGAUGAAGAUGAUGCUUUAAUCAAAAAAUCUAUAUAUCGUGGAACUGCUGACGAAGUUUUGAUUCAAAAAUUCAACAUGAGCAUACGAAGACGUGAUAUACAAACUUUAGUGGGGGAUACCUGGCUCAAUGAUGAAGUUAUUAAUUUUUAUAUGAAUUUAUUGAUGGAACGUGGAGAAAUACGUGCAUCAGAAAAUUAUCCGAAAGUAUAUGCAAUGAAUACAUUUUUUAUUCCACGUUUAAUGUCAAGCGGAUACUCAGCCGUACGGCGUUGGACUAGAAAAGUUGAUUUGUUUUCAUAUGAUAUAAUACCGGUCCCUGUUCAUGUUGGAGGUGUCCAUUGGUGUAUGGCAAUUAUACAUUUGAAAAAUAAGACUAUAAAAUACUAUGAUUCGAUGGGUACGCCAAAUUUAAGAGUAUUACAAGCCCUUGAACAAUAUUUAAGGGAUGAAUCUUUAGAUAAAAAAAAUGUUGUAUUUGAAACAAACGAUUUUGUCAAAGAGUGUGUAGCAGAUUGUCCACGACAAAUGAAUGGUAGUGAUUGUGGUGUAUUCAGUUGUAUGUUUGCCGAAUAUGUGACACGUAACAAGAGCAUAACAUUUUCACAACAACAUAUGCAAUACUUUAGACAUAAAAUGAUACUGGAAAUCGUUAAAGGAAAACUUUUACUAUAAAAGUUAAAAAACAAAACAGUAAAAUGAAUUAAAUAACACAAUCAUGGAAAUUUAACAAAAAUUUUACCAUUUUUGGAAUAGAAUUAUAACAAUUUUAAUAUAAAUUAAAAAGUGAAUUUAUUUAUUUGGUUAAAUAAUUUUAGUAUUAAAGAUUCAUCAACCAGUCAAACAUCAAAAAAAUUAUAUAUUUCAGUUCACUUGUUAAAUAUAACAUCUCGAAAAUCUUUGCACAUACUAUAUCAUCUAACAAGAAGCAGCCUAAAUAGGACUUGUAUAAGUAUAUUUUUUUUUCAGUUUAAAAAUUUUGUACAAUAUUUGAAAUGUAAUAAUAUACAUACAAUUAAGAUUUUUUUUGCUGCUGCUUUUAGAUUUUACUGUGCUAAUGAUUAGCAGUUUUCAAAUAAAAUAAUAAAAAAAUAGUUACUUUCCUAAUCUAUUUUUGAGUUAAACUAAAUUCAUUAUCCCAUAGCAUUUUUUUCACAUCUCUGUUCUAGAAAUUACAACAAUGCAAAAGA